AGAUUGCAGGAAUGACGUCACGCAGUGUUAGAACGACGAGAAGCGUAGGAAAGCGCAAAUUUUUUUGUAACCAAGAUUGUAAUGGCGGCCAUUACGGUGACGAGCUUUAUUUUGGUUAAGUGAGUGGUCUUCUGACAUCUUUAUGCCUUGGAUAUAGUGCCAUAAGGAUAUUUUCACAUUUCUAUCUGCUUUAUCUUUGGAUUACUAUGAUUUCCAGCUUGGAAUGACAAGUUAAUUUCUGCUAGUGCAAUAUACGCAGUUUUUGGGGACCAUUACUAUAGUGCAUCUGUAUCACGUGGUAACUUUUUGUUCUUAUAUAAUUGAGCGUCCGUUUGAUAUUUGGAUCGGUAUUAUGUGAUAGUUAUUUAUACCAUUGAUUUGUGUGCUUUAGUUUUUCAAAGAUUUAUCUACCACUUAAUCGUUGUGUGUGCUUUCAGGACCAGCAGUCUGUUAUAAAUCUAUUGUGUUGUUAUAGAUCACGUGGCUUCAUUAGGAUAUGGCGCCAUUUCAAGGCGUUGGCGUAACAACAAAUGUUAAAUUAUAUACAAACUAAAUUUGUUAAUUGACUGGAUGAUAGUAUUAUCUAAGUUUUCUUUGUUUUUAAUAUUCGCUGUUGCAUCAUGGGAACGGUGAUUUGCGUAAGCGACCCUAGUUAACCGGUGAUUCAAUGGGAUCCUCAUUUGCAUGUUGUCACCGGCUUCGCUUAGGGUAUGUUGCUUAGCCGUUAUGGCACCCGCCCUUACGAAGGCGGAUAGGCGAGCUGAUUGUCUUCCUGUUGUUAUAUCGGAACCGUUUUGUGAUUUAAAAACGGCGACCCCAUAUAACAGGAAGGACAAGUAUAUCGAAGUCAAUCUUCCUAAACUCUCCAGCAAAUUCGCCUGUUUACUUAAUAACAGGCGAAAAGCCUAUAUUCAUAAAACAUGGUUCCGAACUCAAUUGAAAAACAACAGUCCUGGAUGUUGUUUUAAAGCUCCGCAUCCCCCUUCUGACCUUCAAAACGGCGGCGAAGUAAAUGCCGAGACCGAAAGAGAAGCAUGGCAUGGUACGAGUGUUACUCUUGCCGUUGCAGAUAAGGUUAGAUUGAAAUAUACAAUGAACAAAAAUAGUUCUCAAAAAAAUAUGGGUUUAGCCAGAACGAAUGCCUCACUCAGCUUGCAUAGCAUGAAAAAAGUGAAUCGCAUAACUCAAUUCUCACCUAGGGAUAAAAGUAAUCCUUCCACUCCUGAAGUGGGGGAGAGUUCUCCCGAUUUGCCCCAUUCCACAAAUUCUAUUUUGGAAACUGGGUCUUUCACAGAUAUAACAUGCAUAGCACCAUCAUCAGAGGAUGUAUCAUCCUCUAGCCGUGAUUCAGAAAUUUGCACAGUUUCUGAACCAAAUUCUGAAGGGGAUACAGCGUGUACUGUCCCUGAACAAUUUUCUAAUUCUGGGGGGGAUGUUACUCUUCCAGUUGCAUGUACAGUCCCUGAACAGUUAUCUAGUACUGGAGGGGAUGUUAUUGCAUGUACAGUUGCUGAUAAAUGCAGUAUUAUGACAUUAUCUGAAGGUGUUAAUGUACCAUUAAUCUCUGAAGAUAUAAAUUUAAAUUUGCCUGUUACAUUAACAGACCCAGAAUGUGCAGUGAUAGAUUCAUCUAUUGAGACAGCGCUUUCUGAUCCUGCUGGUCAGUUGAAUUCUUCUCAAAGUUUUAUUGAAAAACCCUGCAUUGUUCCUCUGAUCCCUCAUACGACAUAUAUCAACCCAUCAUCUGAAAGUCCGGUAUCAUCCAGUAACCAUUUUAAUCUUUUAAGUAACUCUUCAUCAUCAAAAAUUGAAAAUGCAUGUCCUGGUUCUAUUUCCCGCUUUGAAAACCUUAUCUUUAAUCCAAGUGACUUUGUUGCAUCUUCAUUUACGUCUGAGGCAACAAAGCUGCAAUCAACGCUUCCAAAUGCACAAGUGACUCCUUUGUCCCGGACCGCUAGGCCUCAAAGAUGUAGAAAAAAGGUGCCUAAAAAGAAAGAUCAUUGUCAGUGCCCUAUAGAUCGCAAAGCUUUAUUAGGUGAUAAUUUUAACGAUAGUUUGGAUAGAAUACAGGCUGCGAUCGAAAAAUCUGAAUUGCUGGUUCGCAUCUGUAUAAGUGCAUAUUCCAAAAAAGAAAUAGGUGAACUUGUAAAAACGUAUCAAGAUAAAUUGGGUAUUCCAUGCCAGAGACAGUUGAAAAGGCCGAUCAAAUCUAGUAAAGAAAUGAGUGAUAGAAAAUCUGAAUUGUUGCAAAAUGAAGAAGUCAAGAGCAUGUCUACAGCUGCUCUCGUGAACUUGGUUCGGAAGCUCGAAUCUUCCGAUUCUACUGGAAAUUUACUCCCAAAUCAAUCUCUCUUGUCAUCGUCGGGUGUGGAUGGCUCUUCGAGUGAUGCAGGGCUGGUUUUCAGCCCUGAGGAUGUUGCUGAUAUUAUGCAUACGAGUACAGAGUUAUUGGGCAGCAUUAAGAAAGAAUUAAUGUGGGUUGAUUCAGACUUGACUGAAAGCUCAGAUAGUGAAUGUGAGUUGGAGGAACCGAAGAAUGAUUCAGCUCACAAGAUGACGCUAUGGAAAUUUAUGAAGAACCGCGCAGCGCUGACUUGUAGAUCAACCUGGCUCAUUGCACGCAUUCACGAGCUCGAGAAUCAACUCAGAACUGCUAGCAGCGCUUUGCAGAAAAUAUCUUCUUCACUGGGGGAUAUCUGUUUCGAAGAGGAACUUGCAACUUCUAAGAGUGCAUUAAGCUCUGACGCAAGCCCAGAAACUCCACCUAAGAAAGUUAAGAGUUUAACUGGACCAGUAAACGGGUACUUAGAUAGUAGUCAUAGUAAGGUUAAUGUAGCCCAUAUUGGGCUCAAAACUAGUUCUGUUGAAACCUCUUUGAAUGAAGACUCAUGUGAGCAAUGCAGUAGGACUAGAGCAUUGAACGUGUCCGCUUUCCAGAAGCGUGACAUUGUUGUGGCGCCUGGUCUGUACUCAAAAAACAACAAGCUUGCCAAACUUUCCACCAUGGGGUGCCAGUGCAGUUGCUUAGAAGGUGUAUUGCCAUGCGUGCUCUGCAUGGGGAGAUAUCAGUGUGUCCAAAGCAUUGAUCCCUAUACCAUGCCUCUUCUUGACAGAGUCUCACUAUUGGAUUCACAUUUCCAUCCACUCCUUUCUUAUCAAAAAGAUGUACCUUUGAUUUUGCAUUUUGAAAGUAUUUUAAAGAAAAAUGAAAGUCAGUAUCAAAUUGAAUGUCCUGUGUCUCCUACUCCAAGCAUUACAAACCUAGAUAUUGGGACCAAGCCUAAAGUGUUUUCUGUUGCAAGAGCUCGAAGUCAAAAGUUUAAUAGAUAUUUGUCUGCAAAAUAUCGUAAUAAACAUGUAAGGAACACCAAGCAUUUAAGGAAGCAUGGACUGGUGUUCGGGAAAUGGCGCAGGUAUCAAACAAAACGAUCCUUUCAAUCGAGAGAUUGCUUUAGGAGGAUAUCUAUCGAUUCUAGUGGUAGUUCUCACGACUCUCCUGUUCCAUCUCCUAGCUCCUUAUACGAAGAGAGUUAUGACAGCGUAAAAAGGAGGAGAGAUGAGAAUCAGUUUGACAUUGAUGAUGUUAUUAUUCCGUAUAGUAAUAAAAGUGCACGAUUAGUAGAUUUUGAAUUCAAAGAUAUUGUAGUCCCAAGUUUUCGAAUUGGAGAGAGUGAAAUUCAGAAUCUUAUGUCUACUAACACACACGAAGAUGCAUAUCUUACAAGACACGAUCAUCUUGAAGUGGAAGAAAAGAAAAUCAACAGGCGACCCAGCACCUUGAACGUCCAGCCCAAUCCCAAGAGGGUGCGUCGAGAGCACAGAUUGGAUUCUCGUGCCGACAGCAGUGGAGCCAACACUCCCGAUCCAAUCAUUUUCAGUGAUCAAGACAUGUUUCAAGACCAGAACUCUAUGACAGUGCCUACUCCUCCAGCACUCUCACCGCCACCCACCCCGAGUUCAAUUGUACCGCUCUCGGACGACUCUCAGCUGUCCCUGGGGAAAAGUUCUCUCGAAAGGAGAAAGAUUCCCCCUCAGAAACGACCUUCGGAAGAGAACACUAGUGCCAGGUUAGAAGUAGAGGAAAUUGCACCCUACGAGCUACGCUCAUUUCCCCUUACGGAUGAACAAUUUGAAGAAAUUACCUUUGACCCAUAUGGUGAGGACAUAGAGCUGACUGUCAGUGGUCCCAGUUCGCCGGCUUCCCCGGGCAGCACGACCAUGAGCACUUCGACCGUCGAGGACAUCACAGAUCCAGAGUGGAUGGUAUUGAGGAAUACUGUUGCUCAAGAGCCUGGUCUGAAGUUGAAGCUAGCCAAAAGAUGAAAGCUUAUUAAUAGAUUUCUUGUUACUUGCACCUAUGUUUGUUGGUUAUUUAUCUUUGGCACCCCCCCUGAAAAUAUUCCUUCCCGAGUGUAUUUAAUUUGUGUCACAGAAAAACAAAUGUAUAAAUAUCAUUUUACUUUGAAUGCGUCCUUGUUAAUAUCAUAUCUGUACAUAUUGUAAAAAGGCAAGCAAAAAAGAAAAUUAAUAAUUGCUACGGUCUGAAUAGUAAUUAUAGUUUAGUCAUGAUUUGUAAUAAAAAAAGCACCAAUUGAGUUUACUUAGCCAAAGUUUGAGAAGUUGUAAAGUAAUUGGGGCAGAUGAAGUGUUGUACUUAUGUAAAUAAAGUUCUGUUUAAAGUGGCUUUUUCUGUUUUUAUGUUAGUGUAUAGUUUGUUCAAGAAUUGUAAAAUAAAUAAAAAAUGUAUAAUAAAGUUUACUAAUUAGGCA